AUGCUGUAUGGCAUCAGCAGGUCAGAACGGCUAGUCUCUCCAACUUCUGUCUAUCGGCGUCGGUUGCGUGAUCCCGAGACGCCUCCUUCCCGACCUGCCAACUCUGGACUUGGUACCGAGUGCUCUUUUGUGAGAUCAAUGGGCCGACUUUCCGAGUCAUUGCACACCACUUCACGUCGCGUUUUUCGCCGACUCGACUGGCCUCAAGAGCCUCUUUUGUGUGCAUGCCAACAUUUCAUUGCAGCCAGCCCGGCUAGAUUGCCUGGAUGGAUUCCCGCGCGGUCAUCUAUCGGUCAUGGCAACAGAGUGCACAUUUUGCGCUUCAGGCAUACACAUUCUUCUCCAGUCUCAGGAAUUCUUCAGAGCACAUCUGGUCUGCCCCCAUCUUGGCACUUUGUCUGUCUUCCAGCCGAUGUGAUGAUCUGCCCGGCUGGAGGGUGUGCAUGUCCGAAGCAGGCAAGAUGGCAAUACGACAUCCGAAUGCCGGGGCAUAAUUCGAACAUUUGGUACAGUUUUGGAGAGCCGAGGAGAGUUGCUGAACCCUCCGGUAUCUUCUGCAGGGACAGUGUCUGGAGCAGGCGCGGACGGAAUCCUAUUUUUACCACUUCGAAAUGUGCAGGAUUGAAGUCCAUGAUUGCCAAUCCGAGCACUCAGCGGCAAAAUACCAGCACAACUGUGUCUUUGUAUGGCCAAGAGUGA